AUGGACAAAGAAGCAGGCCUGCGCCACCGCCGCUCGUGGCCCGGCUCAGCUCGCAAUGCACCGCCACCAUCCUCUCCGAGCGCUGCCUCGCAGGCCGCCACGGUGAAGCUGUACGACAUCCUGGGUGUCCCGCCCGGCGCCAGCGAGAACGAGCUGAAGAAGGCAUACAGAAAGUUAGCCAAGGAGUAUCAUCCUGAUAAGAAUCCAAAUGCUGGAGACAAAUUUAAAGAAAUAAGUUUUGCAUAUGAAGUAUUGCCAAAUCCAGAGAAGCGCGAGUUAUGUGACAGAUAUGGAGAACAAGGUCUUCGGGAAGGUAGCGGUGGAGGUGGCGGCAUGGAUGAUAUUUUCUCUCACAUUUUUGGUGGAGGAUUAUUUGGCUUUAUGGGCAAUCAGAGUAGAAGUCGAAACGGCAGGAGAAGAGGCGAAGACAUGAUGCAUCCACUCAAAGUAUCCUUAGAAGCUCUGUAUAAUGGCAAAAACAAACUACAAGUUAGCAAGAAUGUACUCUGUAGUGCAUGCAGUGGUCAAGGUGGAAAAUCUGGAGCUGUCCAGAAAUGUAGUGCUUGCCGAGGUCGAGGGGCUCGCGUCAUGAUCAGACAACUGGCUCCAGGAAUGGUGCAACAGAUGCAGGCUGUGUGCUCUGACUGUAAUGGAGAAGGAGAGGUAAUUAAUGAAAAGGACCGCUGUAAAAAAUGUGAAGGGAAGAAGGUGAUUAAAGAAGCCAAGAUUCUUGAAGUUCAUGUAGACAAAGGCAUGAAACAUGGACAGAGAAUUACAUUCACUGGGGAGGCAGACCAGGCCCCAGGAGUGGAGCCAGGAGACAUUGUUCUUUUGCUGCAGGAGAAAGAACAUGAGGUGUUCCAGAGAGAUGGGAAUGAUUUGCACAUGACUUACAAGAUAGGACUUGUUGAAGCUCUGUGUGGAUUUCAGUUCACAUUUAAGCAGCUUGAUGGCCGUCAGAUUGUGCUGAAAUACCCUCCUGGCAAAGUAAUCGAACCAGGAUGUGUUCGUGUAGUCCGAGGUGAAGGAAUGCCUCAGUAUCGUAAUCCUUUUGAAAAAGGUGAUCUGUACAUAAAGUUUGAUGUGCAGUUUCCUGAAAACAACUGGAUCAACCCAGAUAAGCUUUCUGAGUUAGAAGAUCUUCUGCCAUCUAGACCAGAGGUUCCUAACAUAAUUGGAGAAACCGAGGAGGUAGAGCUUCAAGAGUUUGACAGCACUCGAGGCUCUGGAGGUGGUCAGAGGCGGGAAGCCUAUAAUGAUAGCUCUGAUAAAGAGAGCAGCAGCCAUCACGGGCCUGGGGUGCAGUGUGCCCACCAGUAAACUCUGCAGGCAAAUUGCACCGGUGGAUUUUCUUUCCAUGUUUGCCUGAUUUGUUCUCAGCAAUCCAGCUGGAGUGUGAUCGAUCCAGAUGAACUGAUGGACAUCUGUUGGUCUCUGUGUAACUUUUAAAAUUGGUAUAGUAUCUUACAGAGUGUAUAAUUUAAACUAACCACAAAGCUUUAUAUCUUCAUUUUGACCUUUCUGUAGCAGAAUAAAGCACUCGAAAGGAAACAAGACUCCCUUUCACAUCUGGGUUCUAAGUUUCAGUCCUGGUAUCUGUGCUUGGUUUUUAUCAGUUUCAUGCAGAUUUUAUGUUUAUUUUAAAUUCAGACCCCACAUUGUAAAGUUUGUACAAUUUACCCUGAAGCUUUGUGUUUGGCUGCACCUGCAUAAGCUGCUACAAAUAGAAUAAAGAAUCUCAUAGCCUGUAUCUAUCAUUUAGAUGCAUGGAAAAAUGGGCUUUGCACACAAUGGGUUUGGAGCUGAGUGGGAACAAUUGAAAAAUUACAUUAGCAAUGGUUGUAAAGUUGUUUUUUUUUUAACCAUCUUGUGAAAAUUGUCUGAAACUCGAUAAUAAAAAGCAGUU